AUGCCCAAGUCGAUGCAGUCGUACCACAGCGUCGACGACUACGACGCCGACGAUGACUAUGCCGCCGAACAGCGCGAGCGCGACGACACCUUCAGCAGCACCACGCCCACGUCGCCCACGCUCACCUUCAGCGCCCAGCGCCCGAUGCGUGCCUCGGACACGGACCUCACGAGGUCGACGGGCAGCGUCAACGAGCGGACCGCCCUGCUAGGAGUGCCCCAUCUGCGGGGGGCCAGGUCCUACAAGAGCCUGCCCGCCACCUCCCCGGGCACCCCUCGCCCGGGCAUGACGCGCAACAACAGCCAGCUGCCCACCAGCUCGCGCAUGCGGAGCCGCCGGGGCUCCCUCACCGGCGGCCACACCUUCAGCCAGCGCCUCGUCAAUGCCCUGGGCGAGCGGGGGGCGGGCCUCGAGCAGAGCAUGCACUCCGCAAAGGCCUCCUUCUUCCAGGACAACCGCGUGUGGUACGAUCAGUUCACGUCGACCGACUGGGUCCACGACAACAUCGCCGACGCCUACCGCGUCAAGGCCCUGCGGAGCCGAAAGGACAUCAGGGGCCGCCUCGCCGCUUGGUUCGACGGUGCGCAGGGCUGGAUUCUGGUAGCCCUAAUCGGCGUGCUCACUGCCGUGUGCGCCUACUUCGUCAACACCACCGAGACCACGCUGUUCGAUCUGAAGCAGGGCUAUUGCACUACCGGCUGGAACAAGAGCCGCAAGGCGUGCUGCCAAGGUGCCUCUAUAUGCGACAACUGGCUCAAGUGGUCCGAGGCGGUCCGCAAUGACAGGCUGGACGUCGUCCAGACCCAAUAUGGCUUUUUCGUCCUCUCCGUCAUCUUGCUCUCCAUGGCCUCGUGUCUGCUCACGCUCACCACAAAAACAGUCAUCCCUUCAGCCAUCUCACUAUCCACACUCGACGAAAACCUCGGCGCAGAAGUCCGGAGAUACUCUGAUCAGGCAGAGGAAGAAGACCGCAAGCGCAGCAUCAGCCCAGAGUCGAGGUUCCAGGAAGUCCAGGCACGGCCACCCAUGGUCUACUACUCCGCUGCUGGCAGUGGUGUAGCCGAAGUCAAGGUCAUCCUCAGUGGUUUCGUUCUCCACGGUUAUCUGGGUGUACGCACACUGCUCGUCAAGACGCUGGCUCUGAUCCUCAGUGUUGCAUCGGGCCUCAGUCUCGGUAAGGAGGGCCCAUACGUGCACAUUGCGACUUGCAUAGGAAACAUUGCGUGUCGUAUAUUCUCAAAGUAUAGCAACAACGACGGCAAACGCAGGGAGAUUCUCAGCGCUAGUGCCGCUAGUGGUGUUGCCGUAGCUUUCGGCGCUCCGAUUGGCGGAGUGCUCUUCAGUCUCGAAGAAGUGAGCUACUACUUUCCGUCCAAGACGCUCUUUAGAACCUUCUUUUGCUGCAUUGCGGCUGCGUUAUCUCUUAAAUUCCUGGAUCCAUACGGCACCAAGAAGAUCGUGCUUUUCGAGGUUCGUUAUCAUCUAGACUGGAAGUUUUUUGAACUUGCGACCUUUGUCUUCACCGGCGCUGUGGGCGGUGUUCUCGGCGCAUUGUUCAUCAAAGCAUCUCGCAUAUGGGCACGAACAUUCCGUCGCAUACCCGUUAUCAAGAAGCAUCCGCUCCUUGAGGUCUUCCUGGUUGCGCUUGUGACUGGUUUGAUCAGUUUUUGGAACCGAUACACCAAACUUCCCGUCACCGAACUCUUGUUCGAACUGGCAAGUCCGUGCGACACGUACACUGACACCGGCGACGGUCUCUGUCCGACUCUCGAGCAUAUUCCGAGCGUACUCAAAACCUUGUUCUUCGCAUUUGUCAUCAAAGCUCUUCUGACUGUCGUCACCUUUGGUAUCAAGGUCCCAGCCGGUAUCUAUGUACCUUCCAUGGUCGUAGGCGGUCUCGCCGGGCGCUUUAUCGGCCACACUGUUCAACUUGCUGCUCUACGCUUCAACCAUCUGGGCGUCUUCGGAGAGUGUUCGCCUGACGGUCCGCCAGGUUCAUGCGUCGUUCCUGGAGUGUACGCGCUAGUGGCUGCUGGAGCAACAAUGACCGGCGUCACUCGUCUCAGUAUCACACUGGCCGUCAUCUUAUUCGAGCUCACGGGUAGUCUGGAUCACGUACUCCCUUUCUCUCUCGGCAUUCUGGUCGCCAAAUGGGUGGCGGAUGCCAUCGAACCGCUCAGUAUCUACGACCUGCUCACAGACAUGAAUUCGUACCCAUUCCUCGAUAACAAAGUUCGGCCCAUCUUCACAUCCGAGCUUGGUGACAUCACUACUGGGAAGAGACAGGAUCAUAUCAUCGAUAUCUCAGAAGACGCGCUCAUCCCUGCGGUCGAACUGCGUGCAAAGCAACGUGGACUGCAAAUGAUAGGUGAACUGGACGGCGGCCUGUCCAUCAUCAAAAACGGCGUUCUUGUUGGCCUCAUUCCCGCACCAGAUCUAGAGUUUGCGCUCGAUAAGCUGGAGAACGAAGAGAACACGCUUUGCCUCAUGUCACCACGAGUCGAUUGGGCUGCAGGGCGUGAGCCGCAAGACGAAGAAGAGCAAGAAGCCUACGAUCCAAGUGAUUUCACUCCAUAUAUUGACCCAGCACCUGUUGCAUUGGAUGUUCACUCACCGAUGGACUUGGUAUACGAAUGCUUUGUAAAGCUCGGACUACGAUAUAUAUGCGUGCUCAGGGAUGGCAAGUACGCUGGCCUGGUUCACAAGAAGACUUUCGUCAAAACCGGAUCCGAAACUGCCGCCCUCGAUCCAGGCUCUAUCGGCCCCCAGGAGGGUAACAUGAAUCACUUCAAAUUUGGUAUCGCGCAACCCUGGCCUCCCAUCAGUAUCCCUAAGAAGGGCCGGAUUCGUCUCCUUCGAUAUUGCUUUGCGACCGCCAAGGCCAAAGCGGAACUUGACUGUCCACUCCAGAAGGGGUUCAAGAUAUGGGCCGACGCCAUCAAGACACCAGCCAGUGCUGCGAACGGCCAUUGCCUCGGGUGGAUGGAGAUUCAUGACGGCAACGAGGAUAAAAAUGAGAGAAUGUAUCCGACCUGCUACCUCGAUGACUACAACGACAAGAAAGAGCCUGGAACGUGGAACCCAAAGAUCGGCCACGUCCUCGGCAUGGCUCACGAACACUGCCGGUUCGACCGCGACGAAAACGUCCUUUUCCGCUGCGACAAACUAGUAGGCUACAAAGACGCCCUCAUCGCCGCCAGCGUCGCCGGCCACCAAGACGCCGCAGAGCGCCUCUGCACUGAGCAGGGCUUUGCGAACGAAUUCAACUUUGAAGCUGGUGCCCAGUACAUCAAGAACGCCGCUUUCAACAGCAUCUACGCUCCCAUCAUGGACGAAGGCCCCUUUGACCUCGGCUCCAUCAUGAUUUAUCCCUCGAAUGCGUAUGCUGCGGAUUCGAAUUGCUGGGAAAAGAACGAUAUCAGUGUUUGUCCGCUUGUUGCUGCGCGCUUUGGGUCUACGUGGGCGAUCCAGGUUAACACGGCGCCGUCGGUGGGUGAUAUUAAUUUUGUCAGGGCGUGGUAUCCGUGGCUUGAAGAGCAGAAGGAACCUGGUGAUGAGAAGCCGAAGGAACCUGGUGCUGAGAAGCCGACGACGGGCUCUGGUACUGUUGUUGUUGGUAAGCGUAGGGGAGACGAAGCAGAGCGUGAGUUUGUUAGAGUUCACCGUCUUGGGGUUAGAGAUGGGAAUGUUUUGGUGAAGGCAUCGUAG